AUGGCCAACACAGCACAUCUCGUGAGGAGACAGAGUUCCCAGAACUUGAAUCCCCAGCGAUCUCUCGACCGCCUCGAGAUGAAGGAGAUGCGCGGACGCCUUGUCGUCGAGAAUGGUGGCUCCAACAGCUAUGGGGCUACCAACAUCGCCUUCGACGACUCCAGCCCCAACACGAAGGUUAGCCGGGACGGCUUGAAGAUGGGCUCGGGGGAAGGGAAGCAAGUGUUUCGGCCCGAGGCGGGCGAGGACGAGCGCGAGUCGUGGGACAGCAAGCUGACCUUCCUGCUGGCCACCGUCGGCUACGCCGUCGGGCUCGGCAACGUCUGGAGGUUCCCCUACCUCGCCCAGAAGAACGGCGGCGGUGCAUUUCUGAUACCAUACUUCGUAAUGCUGGCAAUAGAGGGCAUCCCCAUUUUCUACCUGGAGCUUGCCAUUGGACAGAGACUGAGGAAAGGAGCCAUUGGCGUCUGGAAUCAAGUGUCUCCAUACCUGGGAGGCAUUGGUAUUAGCAGCGCCGUAGUGUCCUUCAAUGUUGCACUCUACUACAACACUAUCAUCGCUUGGUGCCUCUUUUAUUUCGUCCAGAGUUUCCAGUCAGAACUGCCAUGGGCAACAUGUCCUAAUAGAUACCAUGAGAAUGGUUCUUAUACUGUGGAACCUGAGUGUGUUACGAGUACACCAACACAGUACUUCUGGUACAGAACAACACUUAUGGUAUCUCAGGAUAUCAACAGCCCUGAAGGUUUCAACUGGAAAAUAGCCUUAGCCCUUGUUGUUGCCUGGUUACUUGUUUAUAUGUGCAUGAUCAAGGGAAUAGCUUCUUCUGGGAAGGUUGUAUAUGUGACAGCCACUUUCCCUUACAUUGUUCUUAUUAUAUUCUUCUUCCGUGGAGUGACAUUGAAGGGAAUGUCAGAUGGUUUAAGGCAUCUGUUUACACCAAAGUGGUGGACACUUACUGAUCCUGUGGUGUGGUUGGAAGCAGGAACACAGAUAUUCUUUUCACUUGGUUUAGCUUUUGGAGGCCUCAUAGCUUUCUCAUCUUAUAAUCCAGUAAAUAACAACUGCUACCGUGAUGCCAUCAUGGUCUCACUUACCAACUGCUUCACCUCAAUGUUUGCUGGAAUUGUGGUCUUCUCUGUUAUAGGUUUUAAAGCAACAAUGAUUCAUGAACGUUGCUUAGAAGAACGAAAUAACAUACUAGCUUCAAUAUAUGGCAGCAGCACUGCUUCUACAAAUUUCACUAAUGAGACACACAGCAUUUCUCCUCCUCUUCCAGAAUGUGAUUUAGAAAAGGAAUUAGACAAUUCUGCUUCAGGUACUGGUUUAGCAUUCAUCAUAUUUACAGAAGCCAUAAACCAAUUUCCUGGAGCACAAUUCUGGUCUGUGCUUUUCUUUCUGAUGCUUUUUACGCUUGGGAUAGACUCUCAGUUUGGUACGCUAGAAGGUGUUGUUACUUCUAUAGUAGACAUGAAGUUAUUUCCUAACCUCCGCAAGGAAAUUCUAACAGGGGGCCUGUGUCUUAUAUGUUGUGGCAUAUCUAUGGCUUUUGCACAUGGCGCUGGCAGUUAUGUAUUCAUCUUGUUUGAUAACUUCAGUGGAAACUUUCCCUUGCUCAUUAUUGCCUUCUUUGAAUGUGUGGGUGUUUCUUAUGUAUAUGGACUAAAAAGGUUUGCUGAUGACAUAGAAAUGAUGACAGGCAAGAGGCCAGGCCUGUACUGGCUUAUCUGCUGGAAAUAUCUGUCACCACUAGCUAUGCUGUCAAUACUUGUAGCAAGCUUUGUGGAAAUAGCAGUAGAUGGCAGUGGCUAUCCAGCAUGGGUUGCCAGCAAAGGAAUAACGGAGCGUCAUGAGUGGCCUGUAUGGGCACUUGUGCUUAUUGCAUUCCUGAUACUCAUCUCUGUUCUGUGGAUUCCAGCUGUAGCCAUAUGCAGGGCCUUUGGCAUCCUUAUCAUUGAGGAUAAUGAUAAGGCAUGGUUUCCAUCAGAAGAUCUGAGAGAAUAUCAUGGCAUUGUGCCACAUGAAGUAACAGCUGCUGAGAAAGUACUCUUCUGCAUUCGGGAUGAUGGUACAGAAGGGCUCUGCUGUCCAACAAGAGUAACAGAUGAAGAAGAUGACACAUAG